GCCAUGCUCGUCUACCCUAGCGAAUGCUUUCUGUUGCUCAUCUGCAACCGCAGGAACCAGAUACAUCCUGAGUCUGGAUAUUGAACCACCAGCUGAUCAUAUCAGUCCGACAAGCGCGAUCUAAUCGCGAUAAGCUAUCAACAACAAACGCGUGUUGACUUGCGCGCCAGACCGCAGCGGGCUCUUUCGGCACUUUGCUUCGAACAUUGAUCAAACUAACAUAGUCACCCUGCAAGACAAGGCUUGUGUAACAAUGUCUCUCCUCGAGAAUGACUCUGGAGAUGAUGGAGAAUUCCGUCACAGACGCUUCGACUACCCAGCACCCUCUCUGGCUGGCAUCAUCGAUUUCUUCGUGACUGAGAAGGGUAUCACUGAUGUCCAGGUCGGCAUUCUGCUCAACCAAACACCCCAAGAAGUCCAACAACUCAAGAAACAGAUUCGUUUCUGCUUGCGCGCCCCCUGCCCCUGGUCUACUUCGCAGGAUCUCGUCGACAGUGAUGGGACAACUCUAAGCCCCAAGGAAAAGCAACCUCCUGGCUGGAUUACGCCUGCUGGUAGACAAGGAGAGCUCUUCAGGCACUUGGUCAUGUCGUCAAUCGCCGAACAAUAUGCCGGCUUGUUCGUGGAGCCUGAUAUCACGACUCAGAUCAAAGAAGUACAGCUGAACGUUUACGGUCGAUUCACUCACACGCCUUUUGUGAUUCGCAGGGAGGUGUUGACGAGACUGAUCGAAAGCUGUGCUCAAGCUAUGAGAACUCAUCCAUCCCUUAGACAUGCCGAGACAGAGUCACAGCACAUCUCGACACCUCCCAAACUCAAGCGCUGCCGCUUAGAAGGGGUUGAACUCGGAGAAGCUAGUGAGAUGCCUGAUCCUAAAAGACCGAUGAUCCAGCCGUUUGGCUUUGCUGCCGUUCAGACCAUCGCAACACUGCUUCCCUCGAUCUCAACUGUGACAAAGUCAGAGUCUGUUGCCACGCCUACCAAGAAGUCAGUGGUGGACCCCAUCAAAGUCUUCAAUCCGUCCAGGGACAGUCAUAGAUGUCUAUCGAGUGCGUCGGAACUCAUCGAACAGGAAAGAGCAGUUUUCACCAGAUAUCAGAUGGAUCAGCCGGCGUCCUCACCCGCUAGUACUGGAAUGACCCCGCGCCGAAACACCGACGACUCGAGCAACAGCUCCACAUCUUCAACCGCUUGUGACGAUCGCUCAGCAGCCAAUGCGAUGUAUCAUAGAAGAUCACUGACAGCGCGUAACACCGCCGAGAGUCAAGCUUCUCCAAGAAGAGGCAGAAGCAGAGACCAUGAUCGUGUAUCGUACAAUGACAAGAGCGAUACGGUUGCCGUUAUUGAAGGUAGAAGGCUGCGCAUCAGCAGUGUACCAAGAAGGGUGAUGCGGUGCAAUUUUUCGCUGGCUUCCAGGUCGGUGACAUAUCCACGGCAACGAGUUCCAGUGGUGUUUACUAUACGUAUGCCGAUUUCCCCGAUCGGUUCCAAGCAAAGCGCGCGUUGAAUGCCCUGGACGGCAAACUCUUGCGCGGGACUGUGGUGGCCAUCGAUAUCGUGCUCCCUCACAAGCAUACGGAAGAGAAACCCAAGUCCGAGAAUUCUCCUCCAACUGGUGCACCAACUGGUCCAUCUUCUUUCUCGCGAGGCUCGCGUAGAUUCGGAGUGGAUCCCAAUCUUGCCUAGGACGAUCCUCGACUCAG